AUGAGUUUUACUAACAUUAAAAACCUGGAAAACAACGGUAUUCAAAAAAUAUGCAUCGAUUCGUCCGGAAAUGACAAAGAAUUUGUUUACGUUUGCGACAACGAAAGAAAUGUACUGAAAUUCAACAAACAGUCACUGUUAUCCGACGAAAAACCGGAAGUAAUCGAGAUUCCCGACGCAACAACUUCCUCCAUCGCCUGGUUCGGAGAUAAUAUUUGUUUCGGAUACCGAAAAGUGGAUUUCAUUAAAGGAUCCCAACAGCAAACGGUGGGACUCGCGAAAAAUGGAAAAUUCGACGAAGAAAAGAUUUCGAAUCCACUGGAAUUCGAAAUGGAUGUCACUUCAGUUGACGUUAAUGAGGAGAAUGUUGUGGGUGGAUCGAGUGAUUACGCUGUGAAACUCACUAGUCUAAAACAUCCAGAUGCUGAAUGGAAAAGACGAACUCUUGAAGCAGAAAUUCUUUGUGUCAAAUUGGAUCCAAAAAACGAAUUUGUGGCGGUCUCCACUGUGGACGGCAAUGUAACCAUCAUCAGCAUCGACUCAUUCUCAAUCGCUCACACUCUUACAAACGUCUUUCCGAAAUUUGAAACUAUUGAUGUUUCCAACGCGCGAAUUCAAAUCUCAUGGUCUAAAGACGGGUCUUCUCUGUUUGUUCCAUCGAAAGAUUGUGUGAAAUCAUUCCGACGAGACGAAUGGGAGGCAUCUGGAACAUAUCGACUGAAAGAUGAAGAAAAAGCAAAUUUCUCUGUCACCACGGUUUCCCCUUGCGGAAAUUAUUUAGCCGCUUCCACAAUGGAUAAUCAAGUUGUUAUCUGGAAUUGUACGGAUCGAAGCGUUUUGAGCAGUGAAAAGUUCGAAAGAAACGCCCGCGGAGUCACUAUUAUCACUUCUAUCGAGUUCUCGCCGUUUGCAGCCUACCAGUUGAUAGUCGCCGACUCAAAUCGCGGAAUCUGUGUAUUCAAUGCAUUUGAAGACACAAACUCAGCGGAAGCACUGGCUGAAUCGAAAAAUGAGAAAAACGCUUUAAAUUCAAAUGACAGCGACGACGACGAUGAUGAUUCUAUCAUUCUGAAUCGAACAGCAGUGAGAAAAGAUGAUUUAUUCAAUGAUGAAGCUAUGGAAGACGAUGAUGAGGCUACUCGAAUGUCCUCCGAUAUCGGCGCCAUCAAGCGACAAUACAAUUUUGAUAACCAAAAUCUCGAUGGUCUCGAGGAAUUCGGUUUCCAACUCGGCGAACCAGAGGCGAUGCCUGGCAGCUCAAAUGCUCCUCAAAUUCAUCAAAUUCCAAUGUAUUCCGAGCCUCCAGCACCGAAAAAAGUGUUGAUUCCUGAAAGAUUUGUGUGUAAUAGCAGCGCGCCGGUCGAUCCAGAAGCGACGCAACGCUUUUUGAAGUAUAAUCGAUUUGGUAUCGUGCGGAGCUAUGUGAAUGAUGCGAAUAAAGUCUCCACGUUAGAUAUCGAAUUCCACGACAAAAGUAUCCACGGUGAUAUUCAUAUCGAUAACUUUGAAAUUGGCUACGAACUCGCUGAUAUCUCAUUGAAAGUUGUCGCAUUGGCAAGCCUAGAAAACCGAAAAAAGGAAAAAGAGCUGGACAAAGCUGAAGAUGAAUUAGAGGAUCUUGACACCAAUGACACCCCUAAAGAGAAAAAAGGCACCAGCAUUCUCCACGUCAUCCCAAUUCAAGCAUUCGAUGGCCAUCGGUGGACAAUGACUUUGCCACGUGGCGACGGCUGUCUUGAUGUGCUUUGUUCCAGCACUCAAAUCGUGGUGCUCACCAAGAAACGAAAUAUUCGAGUAUUCACUAUUGGAGGAAUUCAAAGACAGAUUUUCACUCAUCCCUCACCGAUUCUCACCGCUACUUGCUUUGAGAAUCGAAUCGCGAUUGCGUCUGUUGCUGGAUCAGAGUUCUACGAGCAGAAGAAGACACCACAGUGGAGAUUUGAGGUUACGGAGUACUCGCUGGACCAGAAAUCGUGGUACCGGGAGUCUAGAAGUCGUGGCGCUACUGGAGCAAUCACUCGAAUCGAUGUGCCAGUGGAGACUGGAGAACAAAUGGAUUGGUUGGCGUAUUCCAGUCAAGGGAAGCUUGCUGUAAUGGAUUCCGCUUACAAUGUGCAUGUUCUGUCGGCUCCUGGUCUAUGGGUUCCAGUAUUCCAAGGAUCUUCUAUUCUUCGUGCCAAAUCUGAUGGAAUCUUCCCGUUGGCUCUCACAGCGAAGGAAUUCCGUUACAUAUACUGCCGGGGAUCUCGCUCUCCGAUUGUCAGUGGUAUCAAUGCACCGACUACAAUUGAGUGGAAAGUUCCGUUCUGUCAACCUGAAAGUGCUCGAACUGAAAUGGAGCAGAAUCUGUUCCUUAACGAGUUGUCGCUUGCAGAUGCGAUUUUGGAGCGUAAUGGAGAUAGAAGUGAGAAUGAAACGAAGAAGUUGACGGCCACAAUCGUUCGACUUUUCGCAUUCCUUACUAAAUCUAAUGCUGAUGGACAAGCCGCCGAAAUCGCUUCCCUCGUCUCUGCCAGCUCUGCGAAAACCAUCCAAAGUCUGUGCAAUUAUGCUAGCAAAUGCAAGAAAAUUGCGUUGGCGGAUAAGGUUGCAGAAAUUGGACGGAGAAUGACGGAGGACGGAGAGGAUGAUCGUGGAUUUGAUGACGACACCGAAAUUCGACCAGCGAAGCGAAUCGCGUUGGCAGCUCGGGGAAAGAAAGUGAGGAAAGUGGCGAGUCCAGUGGAAGAAGAGCAGAAGGAAGAGCAGAAGGAAGAUGAGGAUAAUGAGGAAGAGGAUAUGUCCUCUCGAUACAAUACAAAUCUAGAUAUCUCAAUGUCGUCACAACCGGUGCAACCAUUGGAGCGACUCGCGAAGAAUCCAUUUGCAAAAGGUUCGUCAGGAGAGAACUCCACGUCUUCAACUCAAGCGUCAUUGUCGAUUUUCGAUCAACUUGAAACGGUCGCGACGGAUCAGCGGAAGCGUACCCUUGAACCUGCGGCGACUUCGAACCCAACUGCUCGAAAGCAAGCGAAGCUGAAGUUUGGAGUUUCCGAGGAGAAGAAGAAGACGUCGGCGAAGCCAAAGGAGAAGUCACAAAUCAACGAUGAAAAUGGAGAAGAGAAUAAGAAGGUGGAAGAAAAAGAAGCGCCGGUGAAAAAGAGUGUGAGCCCAUACGAUAUGUGGCUGUCGGAAUCGAAAAGCGAUUUGCGAUUCGACUUUGAUGGAGAUGACGCUGAUUUUGCAAAGUUCUGCAUUCAAAAAUUCCGUGCUCUCAGUAAAGACCAGAAGGAGGAAUGGAAGGCGAGAGCUGUGGCAGCCGCUCUAAACUAG